AUGGGAUUUAGUGACAAUCGCGGCAAAAUGAGUGACCUGAACCUGCUGCCCAAGAAGCACACCAACUUCAGCAUCGAGCGCAUCCUGCUGAAACCACCCUCCGCCGACGGCUCACCACCAGUGGCCAUGGCACACUCGACCUCACCCCGUCUCGACCUAAUCGCAGAGCAGAAGGUCGACAUGACGGUGAAAACGUGCUUCAAAUUGGUUCAAUCGGUCGGCGAGUCCACGCUGCCUGCGGGACUUACUUCCGCCUGUACGGUCACUCGACCCAGCGGCACUACCGGAACACCGCCGGGGUCGGUACCACCCGGUUCCCCGACACUCCUACUCCCCGGUGAACGCCAACGACCGCUAAACCGUGUUCUGGACAAUCCCUGGUGUCCAAGAGGUCCGCUUAUGUUCGAUCCCAAGCUCAUCUCUGCCGGUCCCGGUGUUCACUGUGCUGGCGUUGGUGGCGCCGUCGGACGAUCUUCACUCUCCUCCUGUUCACCCCGUGCCCCGUGUGGGGACGGCCCCACCCUACCCGGUUCCCCAACGUCGCGCUCGUCCACCGCAUCCUCGGUGUCGUCAUUGUCGUCGCCAUCAUCGUUGGCAGCGACGCUCGUCAAAGCGGAAGUCGAGAGGAAAGUGGUGCUAAGCGCGUAUGCUAAUAAUAGUGUAAUUGAACGAAACAGAUUAUCUAUCAAUUAUCCGUAUCCGGUCGGGUUGUUCAAUGCGUACGCGUCGGCAGCGGCCGUCGCCGCGGCAGCCGCCACCGUAUCAUCGGCUCACUUCCAUCAUCAUCAUCAUCAGCAGCAACAGCAGCAGCAGCAGCAGCAGCCCGACGGCCCGAUUCCGGCCACCUUGCUGCCUUCGGUGGCAUCCCCGUCGGCAUCGGCGAUGGCUCCAGUUGGGUUGCGAUCUGCGGCCGCGAUCCUGGCCAACUCGGCACCGGCUACGACCCCACUUGCGGCAAGUGCCGCUCUGCUUAGCAGUCUCUACCAGCUGCGGAAAAGCGAUGAAAAUCAGAACAGCAUCUUUGACGUUGGCAGUGCGGACGAAGGAGCCUCCGAUGGGGGCACGACGGGUGCUUCCGAUGGUGGCAAGGAUUCGAAACAGGAGCUACUGCAUGCGCACCAUCUGCAUCAUCAUCAUCAUCACUUGCACCAUCAUCACGAGCCGGGAACGGCCGGAAGUGGGGGUGCGGGAAGUACCGCACUUUGCUCCCUCAUGUACCCCGAUUGCUCGUAUCAGUGUGCGAUUUGUGACAAGAUUUUCGGCACUCAGGAUACGCUCAUGUCUCAUGAAAAGAGCCACAAAACGCCUCGCUUUGAAUGUGAAGAGUGCGGCAAAGGAUUCUCCCAGCUGAGGAACUAUAAAUAUCACGUAUCGGUUCACCGCGGCACCAAGGAGUUCGCAGCCAAGUGUCCCGAGUGCGGCAAGAUGUUCAACGACAAGGGCUACCUGAGCAGCCACCUCAAGAUUCACCGCAACAAAAAGGAGUACUCGUGUCCGCACUGUCCGAAAUCCUUCAACCAGCGGGUGGCGUUCAACAUGCACGUUCGCAUACAUACCGGCGUGAAACCUCACAAGUGCAACGAAUGCGGCAAACGAUUUUCACGCAAGAUGCUCCUCAAGCAACACCUGCGCACCCAUUCGGGAGAAAAACCGUAUCAGUGUUCCGUGUGCGGUAAGAGUUUCGCAGAUCGCAGCAAUAUGACGCUGCACCAUCGGUUGCACUCCGGCAUCAAACCAUUCGCGUGCCCGAUCUGCCCGAAAGCGUUCACCAAAAAGCACCACCUCAAGACCCAUCUCAACUACCACACGGGCUACAAACCGUACAAAUGUCCGCAUCCCAACUGCGGCCAGAGCUUCACCCAGUCGAGCAACAUGCGGACGCACGCGAAAAAGUGUCAGUUCAAGCCGCCGGAUUCGGAGUUCGUCUGA